AUGGCGUGCAGUCUGGUAGGCAGACAGGCAUGCAGGCAGGAUGGUAGACAGGUGGGCAGGAAAUCGGGCAGGCAGGCGAGCAGACAGGCGGGAAGGCAGGCCGGUAAACAGGCAAGCACGCUGGCGCGAAGACAGGUGGGCAGGCAGGAAGGCAAGCAAACGGGUAGACAGGCGAGCAGGCAGGCGGGUAGACAGGCGGGCAGGCAGGUGGGCAGGCAGGCGUACAGACAGGCGGGCAGGCAGGCGGGCAGGCAGGCUGGCAGGCAGGCUGGUAGACUGGUAGACAGGCAGGCAGGCUGA